CUUCAUGUUAAAGUCUCACUUAAGUUGUAACUUGCGACUUGCUGUUUGUUAGUAGCAGGUGAAUUUUGCUUUGUUAUUUUUCCUGUCCCACGACUGUAUUAUUCUUUUUGCAUCCUCUUGGCAAUCCCACAAAGACUUCCAGGCAGUCUGCUAAAUUUAACCACAAGGAAGCUCACCUGUUCUGAAUCUUCAGCUGGCCUCUGUUUAGCUUUAUAUUUUCUGGCUAAGGGCCAGCGCCUAUUGUGUGUGAUAUGGAAAAGUGGAAACCCAAAUAAAACAUUCUCAACGUUAUCAAUGCAAUCUUAAUAGGAUAAAUUGUUUAGAAUUACGGAUUGAACGAAGCAGAAGCAGUAGUGCAUUGAUUCAACGUAAUUUGGCUUCCUACCGAUGGAAAGAGAUAAGCUAGAUGAAUGCAACUGUAACCACAACGUUACAUGGAAAAUGUUGUGUUGCCAGCAUUAUUUUUUGACUGAUCAAUGCAAACAUAUCAACUGAGACUGUACAACUGCCAAAACAAUAAACGUAAAUUGUGUAGCUGACCCUUAAAUGGGAUUUAACACGUACACAUGCAAGGACUUUCCAGAAUAACAGCUCCCACAUUAAAGGCAACUUCACCAACAUUUGAUUGUUCAAUGGUCUCCGUUUGAAGACCACGCAGGGUGGAAACCAUCAGGUCUUUUUGUGAGAAGCAUGCAUUGAAAUCCAGCAGUCGAAAAACAUUUGGUUUUGGUUAGGGGCGUAGUCUGGUAAACCGAGACAUGUUCCAAAUUAAAGAUUGUUAAAAUGGUCCUUCCAUCUUAUUAGGUUUCCACUGGAGUCCAUACUAUGUCUGCAGGAAAGGAAAUAAAAGGUUUUCACAAAAUAACGCUGGUUUUGGAUUCAAUUCUUUCUCUCUAUAAAACGAAAACAUCACAAACGGUUUUAUUAACAAAUUGCUAUCAGCAGCCCGAUGCUGUUCGCAUCCCAUCACAGAUUGAAGCCUGUAUAAAGGGAGCACUUUAGAAACCUCCAUCCAUGGCGGGACCACCAGCAAAGUAGGAGACAAGGACAAAUGAUGCGUCCAUUGAUAAAUAAGUUGCACGUUGCUUUUCCACAGUCUGCGUUUGCAUACCUACCUGCCCACGUGGUCUUUCGGCUAUAGAAUUCAAACAAUGUGUGGCAGACCAGACAUACGACAAAAAAAGGAACAGCUCGCUCUGCUUCCAACUUGACAGCAAUUAUUUCAAAACGUGCUGCGUCAGAAGACUUUUCCAAACUGCUUUGUUAACAAACGGCCAAACCUGCAUUCAUGCAUUGAAUGAGCCGAGCUACGCAAGCGUGGCGUCGCGUCGCGUCGCGUUGUGUUGCGCAGCGGGAUGCCAAACAAGAGCUUGUUAGUAACAGAGGCUUGACGUGCUCGAGGCUUAUCGGAUAAGAUAAGGAAACGACGAAAACGAGCGGCUGGUGCAUUCAUUAUGCGUCAGAAUCGCGUUAUGCGUUAUAGUUGAUAGAGUAUUGUAUUCCGUUUUUGACCAGUCGCCUCUGUGCCCCCUUUUUUCAGAAGCAGUGAAGAGGCUUUGAUCUGGUUGCCAUGGCAGCUGUCAGAAGCGCAGAGCAAAACCGCAGCCUGCCUGGCGCGAGACUUGUCCAACUCUAGUUAGAAAUGCUUAACUGAUGAAUUCUAAUCGAGACUUGCUGCUUGGACGGUUUACCUCGCUUCGUUUAACCAUUUCGGUUUCGAAAGCGGCGGCUUGCAAUUGUGGCAUCCCUCUGAUAUUCAGAAACUAGCGCGUGGAAUCGCUAAGGAUGUCGCAGAGUGCAUAUGGCCAAAUGUGGGAUGCUGCCCAGGGAGCUUUGGAGGACCUUUUGGAGGAUGAAUAUCCCACAAUGCAGCUCCAUCCUCAAAAGGACCGUCUUCAGGUCUUUCAGACGCUGGCAACUUUCUACCUGCGCUACCUGAAGAUAUUCCGUGCCCUGGAGGAGGUUUAUGAUCAGAUUGUUCACCCCCAAAAGAGGCGCGUUGUGCACCAGGUUCUUGAGGGGGUGAUGGGACGACUUGUAGAGCUGAAGAACGAGAUGGUAGAGCUGGAGUACUCAGAGUUUCACUACUUUGAUGACAUGUUGCAGGAUUUCAAAAUGACACCUGAGGAUCUUGAGGUGCCUAUUCCACGCUAUUUUGUGAGGGAGAAGAUGAGGGCACUGAAAGAGAGAGAAAAGAUGUUGGCUCAUAUUUUGGCUAAAGGAGGACGUCAGGAACAUAAAACUGUACCAGUUCAGUCCAUGUCUGUGGAGCGGGCUGUGUGGCUGCUGCAGGUCAGUGAGCGAGCUCGGCAGGGAAGACUGAGAGCUCACUUCAUGAAGACAAUUCGGCAGGAGGAACAAAGAAGACUUCAGGGUAACUCUAGCAUGCUGGACCCUAACCAGGCAGCCACCUGCAUUCAGAAGGUUUGGCGGGGGUAUAGAGACAGGAGGAGGAUCAACAAGGAGUGUCUAGAGGAGAUGAUAUUUUUGGGAAUGAUACCAGCCCAGCAAACGACCCCCAGCCCCUUUCAAUUGCAUGCCCAGCAGGUGGAAAGCAGGAGGCAUUGUGUGCAGGAGGAACAUGAGGCUGAGUACCAGAGGGAACUGGUCAACAUCAAAGAGUCGGUGUGGUCUGUCGAUGGGCCAGAUAUUAAAGAGAGUCUGCAAGAACAAAUACGCCAGUGGUUUCUUGAGUGUCGAGAUGCCACAGGGAAGUUCCCCGACCUCCCAAGUCCCGAGGAUGGAGGGUCUGCGUCUAUAUUUGCUCAGAAGACACCAGAACAGGUUGCUGCUGAAUUUGCUGCUAAAGAGGAAGAGAAGGAGAAGAAUAAAAAGUCAAAAAGAGAGAAAGACAAAAAAGGGAAUGACCGCAAAGAGAAGAAGAAAGGGAAGAAAGGGAAGAUGAAAGGAAAAAAGGGGAAAGGAGAUACAGAGGAAGAAGAGAAGGGAUGGAAGAUGACUCCCAGUAACUUCCUUCCUACAGUAGUCGAGGGAGCCAAACUGUACAAAGAGGUUUGGCAUAACCGUGAAGAAAAACAGAACUUCCUUCAACGUUUUGAUGCUCAGUUGGUGCGUGAGGAGAAGAGAUUGGAAGUUGAAGAGGAGCUCAGAGUUCAGGUGGAUGAACUGAUGAGGCAGGAACUGAAGAACCUCAAGCUGGUGGUGGAUAGAGACAAGGGAAAGAAAAAGAAAAAAGUCAAGAAAAGUAGUAAAAAGAAAAAAAAGAAGGGGCGGAAGGCUGGAAAGAAGAAGAAAAAGAAAGAGAAGGAUCUCACAGCUGAAAGGACCAUAGAAUCUCUGUAUGAGGAGCUCGUAAUGGAAGGCGUCAUAAUCAGGCCAAAGAACAUAAAGUUGUCAGAUUACAUUGGCGAAUAUAGUUACCUGGGCACAACAUUGCGGCAAGCAGAUAUUGAGCCCAUGCCAUCUCUGUCUGAUGUGAGACAGCUCAUGGCUCUGUAUGGCGUCCUGCCUCUGGGCUCUCAGUGCGUCCAUGAAAGAGGGCCCCUGAUCCGGGCUCUGCUGCUUACGGGGCCGGCAGGUGUUGGGAAGCAGAUGUUGGUCCAUGCCCUGUGCACCGAGACUGGGGCGAACCUAUUUGACCUCUCCCCCGCGACGCUAGCUGGCAAAUAUCCAGGCAAAAGCGGACUGCAGUACCUCCUUCACGUGGUCUUCAAGGUGGCUCGGCAGCUGCAGCCCUCGGUCAUUUGGAUCGGCGAUGCUGAGAAAACAUUCUACAAGAAAGUUCCAAAGCUGGAGAAAGAGAUGGAACCCAAAAGACUAAAGAAAAACCUGCCGAAGGUCCUGAAAUCUAUUAAACCAGAGGACCGUGUGUUAGUGGUGGGGACAACUCGUAGACCUUUUGAUGCAGACAUAAAACCUUUCUGCAAAGUUUACAAGAAGAUCAUUUUGAUCCCUAGACCAGAUUACGCUUCAAGAUUUACUCUGUGGAAGGAGCUGCUCCAAGCAGGUGGUGCUCAGCUGGACCCUAAGCUGGAUCUGAGCUCUCUAGCUAAAGUAACAGAUGGUUACACUCAGGGUCACAUCCUUCAGGCGAUCCAAACUGUCCUGAACUCUCACCGCCUCAACCAGCAGACCAAGAGACCCCUAACUGCAGUGGAGUUCAUCCCCCCUCUCGCAAGACAAGAUCCUGUCUACAAAGAAGAGGAAGAAGCCUUUAAGGCAUGGUACAGCCGGACCCCUCUGGGGAAGAAACGAGCGCGAGCUGCCAAGGCCAGCGAGCAGGAGGGUCACAAGAAAGGGAAAACUAAAGGAGGAAAGUCACAAAAGAAAGAAAAGAAAGGAAAGACUAAAAAGAGAAAGAAAAAGAAGUGAAAAUGGACACUUUUGUGCUCAUCCAAUCAGAGCCUAUAUCACAUAGUGCCCCAGUUUCUCUUCUGGCCAGCAGAGGGCAUGAUAACACCUCCCAAACAGUCUACUUGAAUCUACCAGUACUGUGUGCUCAGUCCAUUUCUUUUUUGUUCAACAAGUACAUUUUGUGGAGUGUUUUUUGUUUGACUUUGGUUCUCAUCUGUGUGUUUUCUAUCAGCAUUGUGUAUCUUCUCUACAGUUGUACUGUUGGAUAAUUAUGAUUUUUCAGACUUGAAUAAAGGACUUUGCAUUAGUACUACUAUGCUGCUGUA